UAUAUAAUGAGUUUCCUAAUAAAAUGUUUAACACGAAAAAAUAUUAAUAAAUGACAUGUAAUUACAGACCCAUUGGAACAAAUACUUCAACAACUUAUUGAGUGAUUCGGUCACCGAUAAGGAAGAGAUUAUUGUAAACGUACCUAAUUUUAUACGAAGUGUCGACACACUUAUCGCACAAACAAACAAACGGACUUUGGCCAACUAUAUGCUAUGGCGAGUGGUUUUGCAGUCUUUCGCGACAUUGGGCAAGAAAUGGCGUGAAUUGGCUCAGGAGUACAAUACGGUGAUCACGGGUCAGGCCCGGGAAGAGCCGCGUUGGGAGCAAUGCAUGUCUUCACUGACCGGCAGCUUA